AUGUUGGAAGGACUAGUAGCUUGGGUUCUAAACAAUUAUCUUGGAAAAUAUGUGGAAAAUCUCAAUACAGAUCAGCUGAGUGUAGCACUUUUAUCAGGUAAAGUUGAACUUGAAAACCUUCCACUUAAAAAAGAUGCACUGCGACAUCUGGGUUUGCCAGUCGAAAUAAAGGCAGGUUUUAUUGGGAAGGUCCAGCUCCACGUGCCAGUACGGCAAAUACGUUCUGUUCCAUGGCUCAUUGCUAUUGAGAAGUUGUACCUUGUUGCAGCUCCUGUUAAUUUGGAUGAAUGGGACAGUAACAUAGAAGCAUUGAUUGCUCAUGAGCAAAAGGUAUCUGUUCUUGAUGCACUUGAGGCACAGUGGCGGGCAGAACAUGAGGCCAAUGAUGGUGGUUAUUAUGCAACAUCCUACUCGUCAUGGCUCAAUUUUGGUACUGGUUUGCUGGCCAACAUUGUGGAAAAUCUUCAGUUAAAAAUCAACGACGUCCAUUUUCGUUACGAGGAUGCCCUUACAUGUCCGGGCCAAUCGUUCGCUUGCGGCUUCACGGCCGAAUCUCUGGCCGCAGAAUCUUGCGACGCAAAUUGGCAACGAGGCUUCACUCCGCUCUCCGAGCCGUGCUCCUUCAAAUUGCUCGAAUUAAAAAACUUGGCAAUCUACUGGGAUCCUAUGCCGGUUCCUUCGGGAAUGCUGGCGGAAUGUACAAUCGUAGAGCUUACCGAGCGCAUGUCCGGCACGUGGGCGUCGGCGCAUCGCUGGGUGCUACGGCCGGGCGGCGGCAGCGCACGAGUGCGCCGCGAGCGCACGGAGCAGCCGCUCAGGGACCGCGCCAGGCCGCGCCUCGUCUGCCAUCUCACCCUUGACGCCGUCCUGCUGCGACUCACCUCUCGACAAUACGGCGAGAUGUGGGGCUGCAGUCGUGGGCUGGAGCGCGUGGGCCGGAUCCGCGAGGCGAGAGUGUGGCGGCCGGCGGCUCCGCCCCGCGGUCACGCCCGUCUCUGGUGGCACUACGCCGUCAAGGCGCAUCUGCCGCACCACCGCUGGAUGGAUCCGAAACCGACGUGGGAAUCGUGCCUGGAGCGGGCGCGCGCGACGCGCCAGUACGUGGACAUCUGCGCGAGCACGCUGGCCGAUCCCGCCGCCACGCUGCAUCCCGACCGCAAGCGGGCCAAAGACGACUACGAGUGGGCGAACUCUCUCGCCGUGCUCCGGCCGCUCCGAGAGGUGGCGAUGCGCAAGGUGCCGAUGCGCAGCGCGGGCGGUGCGGAGGGUGGCGCGGGGCGCUCGGUGUUGGUGCGCUGGUUCCCGCAGUGGUGGGGUUGGUACGAAGGUUCGGAACCUGCGGCUCGCCUCGAGUCCGAAAUCCUGCACGUCAUCGCCGACUCGCUGGAAGACCCCGAGCUGUCGCGGCGCGACGCCCUCUCCGCCCUCUUCGAGUUCACGCUGCACGCCGGCUGCCUGGACGUGUGCGCCGACUCCGACGACGACGAGGGGUCUAGCGGCGUGGGUCUGGAGCUCCAGUUCAGUGCGGUGCGCGUGCGCGUGGAGUCGCGGCCGUUGUCCCUUCACGCGUCGCUCGGCGCAGUCUGCGUGCGAGAUCGCAUCAACCCGCGCACGCUGUUUCCCAUCCUCGUGGCGCCGCAGGGUACGAUCAGAGAGGGCUUGAGCGCGGCCAAUCCGACGACGACCGCCGCCGCCAGAUGGGGUGCCCCCCGUCCCCCCGACGACGACAAAGAGCCGCUCUUCCAGCUGACCUACGAAAGGCGACCGCUCGGCUUCAACUGCGAUCAUAAAUUGCGCGUCAAGUCGCGGUCGGUGGAGGUGGUGUGGUGCGCUUCGGCGGCGCGCUGGGCGGCGAGUUGGGCGGGCGCCGGUGCGGGAGCGGGCGGCGCCAUCGCUCACGUGCGAGAUCACACCCGUGCCACGCUGCUCAACCACUACGAGAGGCUGCUGCGCGCUCGACGCACGGGCGAGAGGCGGUCGUGGCAAGUGGAGCUGGACAUAUCGGCGCCGCAGCUGAUGUUCGUGGAGCAGCUGCGGUCGCGCGACGGCGGCGUGGUGCUGGUGGACUUCGGCCGGCUCCGGCUGGCGAACGCCGCCCUCGCCGACGCGGCCGUCGAGGAACCGCCGCGAGCGCAGCCCUUCGACGACGACGAAGAGACGUUCAUGACGCCGUGUUCGACCCCGCCGGGCAGCCUUUUGUCUCCGGGGUCGCCGCCGGACCCGCGCGGACCUCCGUCGCGUCCGCUCGACCCCGUACACCUGCACACCAGCCUCUACGACAGGUACAAAAUAGAGCUGAGCGACAUGCAGAUCCUGGUGGGAAGAGCGCGGGACAACUGGAAGUACGCCCACACGAAGGCCACCUCCGCGCUGCAUCUGUUGGACCGAUUCAGUAUAUCGCUGCAGGCGGAGCGGCGCGUCGUGGCCACGAGCGACCCGCAGUACCCGACCGCGGCGCUCUGCGGCUCGCUGCCCGCGCUCGUAGCGCAUCUGUCCGAGCACAAGCUGGCCGCGCUUCGCGCCGUGCUGGCCGCGCAAGCGGACCCGCCGCCGUCCUCUCACGGCCCGCAAGCCGCCAGAGCUCCUCAAUCAUUUCUCGAAGGUGACCCGGACGACGGCGACGGGGACGAAGAAAAGAGCGUGAGCUCCGAAACCGAGAGGUCCGAGUUUUCGUCGCAGAGUAACGCCACUCUCUUGGUGCUGCAGUUCGCCGUCGAUCAGCUCUCCGUAGAGGUGCAGUCCCGAGGCCGCAGCAUCGCGGAGGUGCAGGUGUGCGGCGUGCGGCUGGCGGCGGGGCUCGGGCCGGGCGAGAGCUCGCUGUCGCUGUCCGUGCACUCCCUUCUGCUGGUGGACGCGCUUCAGACCUACGGUCCGGACUUCGAGCUGCUCGUCGCGAGCCAUCGUCACGUCGGAAUGGACACAACUUCGGGUAGCAUCCGGGGCUCGGAGCCCACGUCUCCCACUUCUCCCGCUUCGCCCGAGACGCGAGAGCCGCCCGCCGCGCCUUCGCCCUCGGACCUGCAUCGCGCCUUAUACUCGCUCCACGACACCUAUACCGGGGCGACCAGUCCUUCAGGAGCCCGGGGCUUCGAUUGGGACCCGAGGGCUUCGGGGAACGCUCGGAGUUCCGAAGGUCCCGCUUGGGUGGCGCCGGGCGUCGUAGACUCGGAGGCGCUCAUCGCGGUCGAACUGUGUGUCGUCAGAGGCGAAGGGGGCUCCGAAGACCUGAGGAUCGCUAAUAUUUUGUUUAACAACUUGGACGUCAUCGCUAACCAGGAGACGAUCGUGGAGUUGAUCGGGUUCGCGCACCGCGUGGCAGGCGCCACUCCCGCCUCCGCCCCGGCCCCCGUUCCGCCGCAGACGCGAUUCGAGCCCACCGGCGACGAUCUCGAGGUGGGCGUCCGCACGGAGAUCACCUUUGACUUCCACCGGUUGGGCGUUUUGCUGCUUCGAGCUGCGGUGCGCGAGGGCGCCGUCGUCGCCAACAAGAUCGCCACAGCCACGCUCGGGGACGCUCGAAUUCAGGCGACCUUGCACGGCUCUCUCGUCGAGGCCAGCGGAUCCCUGGGCGGCGUGCAGGUGGUGUCCCUGUCGGAGGGCGCCGGCCUACACUCGCGCAUCCUGUGCGCCGGCCGACCUCCGGCCGCGCCCCCGGGGCCCCUCGGGCCGCGCCAGCCCGACGCGCAGCCGGGCGAGGAGAAGGCGCUGCUCUUCACCGUAUCCAGAAACGUGCGUCCGCCGGAUCGCGACGAACUCCCCGUGGUGGAGGUGAGCCUGGAGGUGCGAGUGGCGAGCGUGUGGUACACGCACUCCGGGCCGCUGCUGCGCGAGCUGCAGAGCUGCCUCACCGAGUUCAAGCAGUACUUGGCGAACCUGGCGCGGUCUAUCCGCGCCGCCGCUGCCGAUAUGGCCAUCGGCCUCGUGCACCCGAGAACAGAGUCUCUGUACGCCAACCCAAAGCUGUCUCAAUCCACGGAGGGCGUGUCCCCGCGGCGCCGCACCACCAGUCUGGGCUGCUCGCUCGACGAGCCUGACCGCGACACGCAACGAUUGGUUCUAAGGGUGUCGGUGUCGCUGGAGUCACCCGUGGCGGUCCUGCCGCGGUUCGCUCGCAGCCCGGAGGUGUUCGUGGCGCAUCUGGGCCGCAUGAGCCUCUCCAACGAGCCCGGAUCUCCGGGGGACACGAUGUACCAAGUGCGAGUGCGGGACAUCUCCUUGGUCUCGCUAGACGUUAGCGAACGGCUGAAGCGACAGGAGGCAGGCGGCAGCAUGCAGCGGCUGUACGAUUCGGAGGGCGGGAAGCCCGUACUCCACGACACGGCGCUUCAACUCGCCAUUACUCUCAGUAAGGAUGACGGGAAGCCACAGUGCGCCGUGGCCGGCGGUGUGGUUGGCGGGCUGCACGUGACGGCGAGUCGCGAACAGUACGAGCAGCUGCUCGACACCGUGCGCUGGAUAGCCGUCGACGCCCCCGACCGCCCCGACGAAGCUGCCGCCGACCGUGUACGAGAGACGAGCACGCUGUCGGAGCCGUCGGUGCCGACGCUGCGCCUGGACCCCGCGGUUCGCGCCGCCGUGCUCGCCGUCCCGCCCCCCGCGGCCGCUCCUUCGCCCGUCGCCUCGCACGCUCCGUACACCGUGACGUUCGAGUUGUCGACGUUCAUCGUGGAGCUCCGAGCCGAUCUGGGUGCGGGGGAGCGCAGUCUGGUGGCGCUCACGUUCCGGGAGUUCCUGCUGCGUCACGAGCGCCUACACCCGCACGAAACCGCCUUGCAGGUGUCUCUCUACUCGAUAACUAUGGAAGAUCUGACAAAGGAACCGGAUUCUCGGCACCGGACGCUAAUGGAGUCCCACUCUCCGCCGAUGCCGCCCAAAGCCGUGUUCGUGUCGAAGUCUUGCCCGGAUUUUUCGUGUCACCUGGCUUCGGCCGCCUCCGCUCUACCUCGACUCCGGCCCGAACGGCCGGUCAGGACGCCUUCCUUGCCUUCCGGCUUCAGUGUAGUCGACAAAAUGACUAAAAAGGAGCACUUGCGGCAGAAACAAGACAGCAAAUGCGGUCCGACUCCCCCGUGUUCGCCCGUGGAGGGCGUUCGGGACGCGGGUGGCGGGGCAGAUGAGGCCGAGGGGGAGAGAGAGGACGACAAUCUGGUGUGGGUGUCCAUACACACCCGGGAUCCGCAACAUCCGCUCUUCGACAGCCAAUUCGAUAAGGUUUCGAGAGUGACGAAAGUGGAAUUCAAUUGCCUCAAGUUGGUUCUCAGCAUCGACAGCUGGGUGGCUGUCCUGGACUUUUUCGGCGUAAACGAGGCCGAACGGGAUACUUCCGAGGUCGACGACAAUGGAAAAGACGUGGGUGACGACGCCGGCGACAAGGCGGCGGCUGCCGAAGCCGAGGGCGGGGUGUCGGAGACGGAGAUCCGUGUGCGCUCUCUGUCGGUGGUGGUGGUGGGGGCGCGGGGCGACGCCUGUCGCGCCUUGGUGUCGCGCGUGGCGGCGCAGGUGCGAGCGCACCGGGCGCCAGCCGAGCGGCACGUGCGGGCCUCGCUCGGCGCUUUGCUGGUCUCGGACUUGGCACCGCGGGCUCCCCUCUGGCGAGAUCGCCUCCGCACGAGGGCCGAGAGCGCGCUGACUCUGCACUAUCACCGAUUGAGUUCCGAAGGAGCCGGCGCGACCGGGUACGACACGAGUCUCGAGCUCGAGAUGGGUCCGUUGACGUACGUCCACACGCGCCGCUUCGUGUCCGAGUUGCAGGCGUUCGCGCGCGAUUUCAGUCUCUUGCGACACGUCAUCGUUCAGGCGCGGCGAAAGGUGUCCAGCGUCGCCCGCGACGCUUCCCGGUUCCAGCGCAUGUCGCUAAAGGUGCGCUGCGAGUCCCCGGUGAUCGUCGUGCCGGUGUCGGGGCGAAGCCGCUCGGCUCUGGUGGCCGAGCUCCGUUCGCUUCACGUCGACAAUCGCUUCGCACGCGCCGGAGACUCGGACACGGUCAGCGUCGUGCUAGACCCCGCCAGACCGGAACGAGAGCUGCUAGACGUGCGCGGUAUCCGCUUGGAGGGCGUGUCGGUGUGGUGCGCCGAGGGGGGGGCGGGCCGGGGCGGGCGGAUGCGUCGCUGCGGCCCGCCGCUGCUGCCGGCGCCGACGCGACUAGUCCUGCAGAUGGAGACCAACUGUGACGACACGCACAACGUGGCCGACGUGACGAUCCACGGCACUCUGACGACGUUACAAGUGUCGCUCGACGCGGCGCAGUACCGGCUGAUACGCGGCGUGCUCGCCCACAACUUGGGCGAAGCCUGCUCGGAGCUGGCGGCCGUCCCGGAGCCGGCGCCGCGACCGCCGCGAGGCGCCCGACGCACUUGGUCGCUGCGCUUGGAGUUGCAGAACGUGCAGGUGGAGCUGCGUCGGCCUUCGGCGCCGCCCUUGGCCUGCGUGCAUUUCAUCCGCUCGCGGCUGUUGCUCGACACCUACUCCGACACCAGUCAGGACGUAGACCUCGUGUCGCAGGAAAUCCUGGUGAGCGACAGCCGCUACGGCAGCGAGCCGGCCAACCGGAGAGGCAACGUCUUCAGCCGCAUCGUGCAGCCGCAGCCCGACCAUCCGCACACCGUCCAGGCCGAGCUGCACGCCAGAAAACGUCCAGAUUCUUCUGCGUACACGAUAAUGGUAAACAACAUGCGACUGAUGGCGAUCCUCGACUGGUGGGAGGCGGCCCACCAGUUCAUCAUGCAGCCACCGCCGCCGCCGGCGGAUCCCGACCAUCUGCACUUUGAAGAGUCUGAAUUUGGCCCGGAGCUCGAAGGAACCGCUAACGCAGUCAAGCGCGCGACUCGCGAGGUCCCCGAACAGAUGGAACUCAAGCUGAACGUGACCGAUUCACAGCUCGUGCUCGUCGAAGACGCCUCCGUCUGGGACACCAACGCCGUCAUACUAAAGAGCACGACAGUGAUAACGUACCGCGACGGCGACUCGGGACGGGGCGUGGUGUGCGAGGUGAGCGAGCUGGAGGUGUUCUCGUGCGUGCUGGGGAUGGAAGACGAGACGGCGCUGGCCAUCUUGGACCCUGCCGCGCUGCACCUGGCGCUGCACGACGACGCGGCGCUGCACGUGGACAUGGGUACCGUCAACCUUCGGCUGUCGUACCACGACAUGCGCAUGUUCGCUGCGAUGCUGCAAUCGCUGCCGGCCCAGGCUAGAUUGGCGCUAUCGGAUAAGACGGAGGCGGCCGUGUCGUCGGACGAGCCGGCCAACAGCGUGCACAUGCGCGCGGGCACCUUGGUGGCGCCGCGCUGGCUGCGCUCGCGAUCACGCUCGCCGCCCGCGGCCGUGGAGCCCGAGCCGCAGAGACCGCUGCGGUCCCUACAGGUGACUGCCGACUGUGUGACUUUGUGCGUCAUCGACGACUGCUUGGACUCGGACGUGCCGCUGCUCGAACUCUCUCUCGCCGAUCUGCAGCUCGAACAAGACUUGAGAGGUGUAGAAGAAUCGUUCGAAGACCCUCUGCUGGUAUCGACUCCGUCGAGCCCGACGAGCACGGCGCUAGUGGAGGUGCGGAGGCCCGCCGCGGGUGGGGGGAGGCUGAGGGCGCUGCUCACCCUCGACUACUACAACAGGAUGCUCUCGGGCUGGGAGCCCGUGGUGGAGCCCUGGAGGUUCGAGGGCCGCUGGGAGUACACGUUGUCGAGCGCGCUGUCCUUGCGGCGGCUGCAAGUGGAAGUUUCGUCCUCCGAGAUCCUCGACACCAACGUCACUUCGGCGCUCAUCGACCUGGUGCGGCUCGUGAGGACCAACUGGACCGCCGAUUACUACGCUCCCCAGGGCUCCGGACCGGCCGAUCAAUCGCCGAAGAGCAGCCCUGCCGGACAUCGACGCCGGUCGCCGUUCGUGCCGUACGCCUUGCGCAACCUCACCGGCCUGCGGCUUUGGUUCACCACUCUCACCACCGCUUCGGACGAGUUACGCGAGGGCGGAGAGGCGGCUCCGUUUUCGGGACCGGACGACUCGUGGGUGAGCGUGCGCGCCGGGGACACGGAGCCCUUCUCGUUCGGAGCUCGACGGGGUCGCGCCCGGGGCGCUCCCGCGCCGGGCCCCGCGGGCCCUUCGACUCUCGCCCCGCUGCAUCGCCUCGUCGUCAGAGUGGACGGCUGGUCGCCGCUGGACCCGGUGUGCGUCGACCGCGUCGGCGUCUUCUUCAGGCUCGUCACGCACAACAAAUCCGGAGGCGAGGCGCGUCUGGUGCUGGAGGUGUCGUUGGAGGGGUCGGCCCGUAAGCUGGUGACGGUGCGUUCCGCGCUCUGUCUGCGCAACGACCUGCCUCACCCGGUCGACGUGCGUCUGCAGCACCCCGGUCCGCCCGCGCACGCGCACGGCGAGUGGGGCGCCUCGGGGUCCGGUCGCAAUGCACAAGUGGCGGCGGGCGGCUGGUGGGCGGCUCCGCUGAGCGAGCGCGACGGCGUGCUGUGGACGAGGCCGCUGGUGCGCUCCGUGCGGCCGCUCUCCCCCGCGCCCCUCGACUGGCGCGCCGCGUCCUCCAGCCCGGCCCUUCUUCACUACGAGUGCCGCGCGCCUCACGACUACGUCUACAGGUUCUGCUGCGUGAUCGUCCGCGAGCGGUUCCCGGCGGAGCGGGGCGAGCCUCUGGCGGGGCACACGCUGCGGCUGGUGCCGUCGCUGCGCGUCGAGAACCUGCUGCCCGUGGAGUUGCAGUACCGCGCCGGCUCGCUCGCCGGCACCCUGGCCGCCGGCAUCACCGAACCCGCCCAUCGGGUCGACGUGGUAGAAGGCGUGGAAGUCGCCGUGAAGCUGGAAGGGUUCGGCUGGUCGUCGCCGCUGAGCGUGGGCGGGGGCGCGGACGGUUCCUUUUCUGCGAGACUCAAACUGCGAGACACGAAAGGCAGGAGGCUCUAUCUCAACGCACGCGUCACCGUGAAGAAGACCGACGGAGUUAAGGUGUCGAUAUCGGCGGCUUACUGGCUGGUGAACCGUACGGGGCUACCUUUGGUGUUCCGGGCGGAAGGCGGCGGAACGGAGGCGGCGGGGCAGUUCGGCGAGCACGAGGUGGCGCGCAUGGUGGCACCGUUGCCCUUCGCUUUCGCCGAUGGAGACGGACCUACGCUCAGCGCGCGCCUCGGCACCGCCGUCGUAGCCAACCCCGAGUGGUGCUCUCCGUUCGGGCUGGGCCCGGGCGUCACGGUGAAGCGACUGGAGGGGCGCGGCGCUGGGGGCGAGGAACGCGCCUUCACCGUGGGCGUGAACGUGCGCGCCGCGCGAGGCCGCCAUCGACGCACCGACGUCGUCACCUUCACGCCGCGCUACCAGAUUCACAACAACACCUCGCGCACGCUGCAGUUUGCGCAGAAGUGCAGCGCGACCACGCUCACCGACCCCGGCGCGGCGGCGACCCACGUCCUGGCGGUGGCGGGCUGCUGUCUGCCGUGGCACUGGGCGCGCUGGGACCGCUCGCCGUUGCUGUGCGCCAGGGUGCUGGCCGCGGCCACGCACGAGCCGCUCACCGCGUGGAGCGGAGGAUUCAAGAUAGACUCGCCGAGGAGCCUACACGUAGCGUGCAGGGAGAGCGGGGGCUCGUACCAAAUAAUGCGCGCCGAGGUGGUGCGACAGGGAGCGGCGCUACUCGUGGCCGUGUCGGACGCCGAGUGCGCGCCGCCGCCGCUGCGCAUCGACAACUACUCGCCCGUGGCCAUCAUGUACCAUCAGGUGGGGUGCGCAGAAGAGAGCGUGGUGCGCUCGGGCGGACGGGCGCGCUGGGCGCUGCCCGAGCCGGAGGGCGAGCGGGGUGUGGCGCUGCGGGCGCCGGGCGGCCCGCGUCUCACGCUGCCGCUGGACGCGCUGCACUCCACGCACGCGCUGCUCUACCAGAACUUCAUCUACGUGUCGUUCGCGGCCACCGCGCCCGUCGACGCCGCCCUGCCCGCCCGCGACGCCCCCGAGCUGGUGCUGGAGGUGCCGGUCGGCUCGACCCGCGUCCACCUCGCUCCCAAGCGCCACGGAGACAGGUCUCAACUGUGGCGUCGGGGUCCUAACGGGCAGCUGAUCCACGAGGGCAGUUCGCCGCCGCAGCCCACGGACGCCCGAUUGUCGGACGAGACCACCGUCUCGCCUCACGUUAUGGUGCUGGACAUCGAGGGCGCGGCGCCUCGGCCGGGGCUCAAUUCGGCGUUGGUGCUUCGACGGGCGGACGGACGACGGGCGUCGACGCAGGCCUGGCGGCUGCUGCCCGACGGCCGCAUGGCCUGCGCGCACAGAAACCUCUGCGUGCAGCCCGUGGGCGGACUCAUGGCGCUCGCCCCGGGUAGCCGCGUAGUGCUGGGGCUGAGCGGCGGACGAGAGGGCGCGGCCGUGUCGGGCGAGCAGCGCGUGCGCUGGCGCACCCUGAGGCCCGGCUCCGGCCGACUCAGCGUCACGCUCGCCGCGGACGGGCCCACUCGGCUCGUUCGCAUCGUCGACACCGUCGCCACGGUAACGCUCCGUACGCCGCGUAUAGAACUGGACGUUCGCGAACGUUCUUCGUCGAUCCUAAAGCUCGAUCGCCGGCAGGAACCGCCGCCGCCGAUGGAGAGCCUCGCGGAAGAGGAGCGGGAGGAGCGGAGCGAGGCGGGGUCGGCGUGGGAGUGGGGCGUGAGCGUACGCCUAGAGGGCGUCGGCGUCUCUCUGGUGUCGCGGGCCGAGUUGCUAUACGCUCACUUCGCGACCGUACGCGCAGACUUCGGUCGGGACCGCGUCGCCUUCCGUGUCGCGCUCUCCGUGCACGACAUGCAGUGGGAUAACCAGCUGCCGGGGACGCCGAGCCCGGUGUUGCUCUACUGUCUGCCGGAUCGUAACGAGAGCGGCGCGGCGCCCCUUCCCGCGCUGCACGCCGCCGUGGAGCUGCAGAGGGCGGCACCGGCCCGAUACAACGCGCUUUACUUCACGCACUUGCUGGUCGCUCUCCGACCCAUCGCCGUGCGACUGGAGGAGAGGUUGAUGCUACUGCUGUGGGAGUGGCAGGUGUCGGACGGCACCGAAGAGGAGGCCGCGGACGAGGCCGAGUGGGUGACGCCGGAGCACGCGCCGCUACACGCCACGCGCUACUACUUCGCGCUCAUCAAGCUGCUGCCCAGCCAGAUCCGCCUGUCGAUGUUCACGGCCAACAAGCUGGAGGGCGGCGCGGCGAGCCUGAAGCGGCGCUUGGGGCUCACGCUGAUCCGCUUCGAAGACGCGGCCGUGGAGUUGGAGCCGUUCCUGCGCGCGCACGCCUUCGACACGGCGCCGGCCCUGGCGGCGCAGGUGUCGCAGCACUUCAAAGACGAGCUAAAGUGGCAAGCCGCCAAAAUCUUGGGUUCGGUGGAUUUCCUGGGCAACCCGCUCGGCUUCGUCGCGGACGUCUCGGAGGGAGUUUCGGGUUUGCUGCUCGAAGGGAACGUGGCUGCGUUGCUUCAAAACCUGACCCACGGCAUAUCGAACUCCGCCGCGAAGGUCUCAGAGACGCUGGGCGACGGGCUGGAGCGCGUGGUCUGCGACGAGGCGCACGAGGAGACGCGCCGAAGGAUCCGCUCCGGCGCCGCCGGCUCCAGGGUCGCCGCGGGACUGCGCGGCCUCGGCCUCGGAAUACUCGGCGGAAUGACGUCGUUGGUGAAGCACACCUACGAGGGAGCGACGGCCGAGGGCCUGCCCGGGUUCAUAGCCGGGGUAGGCAAGGGCAUCGUCGGGACGGUGACGAAGCCCGUGAUCGGCGUGCUGGACCUGGCCGCCGAGACCGCCGCCGCCGUCCGCGACUCGAGCCGACGCGGUCUGCGCGGAGGUCGCGGCGCCGGUGGCGAACGCGUGCGUCCGCCUCGGGUGCCGGCCGCCGCCCUGCUGCCGCGCUACGACGCCGAGGAGGCGCGCGCCGCCGCCACGCUGUACGCGCUCAACGGCCAAGACCACUCGGAGCGGUUCCUGGCGCAUCGCAUCGUGCGCGACACGCCGCACGACAUCCGCGCGCUGCUCUCCGACUCCUACCUGCGGAUAUUCACCUGCAAGGGCUCCGCGCCGCAGAUCGUCAUGGAGACGCAUCUCGGAAAUCUGGUGUCGUGCUCGGCGGUGACGGCGGAGGGCGGUCACUUCGUGGAGCUGGGCGUGCGCGGCGCGGCGGCCGAGGGGCUGCGCAGGCCUCGCGUGCAGUGCGACUCGCGCGCCGUGGCCCUCUGGCUGGCUCGCCACGCCGCACACGCGCGGCAGCUGCACCACGACCGCACGCACACGUUGGCGCCGCUCGACCUUUAA